GAUAAGGCACGGAAAGACCAGCGACAACCCAACUUUCAAACAAAGUCCUUCGCUCAUUUUAUUAAUAUCAUUAUGAUUCCCGUCCUGUAGCAUUCCCUCGUAUCCCACAUCUAUUACUACUACUGUUACUAUUCGUACUACUGUUGUGUCCUUAGAGAUCGAAGUCAGACCACGGCCUACUCAGACGUCGAUAACGCGCCGUGUGUGUAUUUUUGUUUGUUUUUCCCUUUUGUAUUUUGUUUUUGUUUUUGUUUUUCAGGAGCCAUACAGAUAGAUAUAACACUAUAUACAUACCUACCUCCUCCUUCCCUUCUACCUGCUGUAGAGAAGUACGAGGCAGCUACGCGCGUAGGAGGGCAACCAUAACAACCGUGUACGACUACCAUUAUUCCUUCCCUUCCCUCUUUCUCUCUCGUUGUGAGUGUAUUCGUGUGUGUGUGUGUGUGUGUGCGUUUCGCAUUGGCGUCUGACAGUCAAAAUUCCAAACAGGGUUUUUCUUCUUCUUCUUUGCUUGAUUGUUUGUUUGCGAAGGUGUUUUCUCUUCGCUGCUGAGGGUCUCCUGGAAGCUCCCUACCCCCCUCCAAACAGAACUCGCGUUCGCGUUCAAUUUCCUAAGAGCGAAGCGCUGCUUUGUGCUGUUUGAAGGCGCUUCUCAUUGCCCCUGUAGAGCACCCAGGGCAUUACCACCUGAAAGGAAUUGAAAAGCGAAGAAAACCAGAGAAACGGCCACCAUGGCGUUGAACCCGAUCGCGUACCUCUCGCCCGGCUGCACCGCGCAGUGCCGGCAGUGCGUCAGCGCCAAGCCCGACUCCUUCGCCUUUGCUUCUGUGCAGUCCAUCUCGUUGUACCGAGUCAGCACGGCGAACGUGGCUGUACCCGUCAGCGCGAGCAGCGACCCGGCACAGCAACAGCAGCCGCCAUCUGCAGAAACGAUCAGCAUUGCGGACUACCCCCUCGCAACUCUCUUCGGGCACGGCGCAAACGCCUCCAUUGGCGCCUUUGCCUACAACGAUGACUACAUGGCGUGUCUGACGCCGCAGAACAAGCAGGUGCUGCUGUGGCGCCUGAAAGACGCGGAGACGCUGACGGCCAAGAAGAUCAGCUCUACCUCCCUCGCGAGCGUGUUCAAGCGGGACGGCAACCCGUCCACGAUGUGUCUCGCCGGUAAGCACCACAUCCUGUGUGGCACGAACACCGGGCGGCUCAUCUCUCUGAACGCCGGCGUCGACAACGCGGAGCCGCGUAGCACCGCCAUCCCGCCCUCGCAGCAGCGGCCGAGCGUGCAGGCUCCGCCGUCGCCGCUUUCCCCGAGCAUCAACGCCGGUGGUGCCGCGUCCAACCCUAACAAGAAUGCGGCGGCAGCGGUUGUGGAAUCAGUGGAGUGUGUCACCGCAGCUGCGGCUCGCCCUGACUUGGUGGCGUGCGGCACGUCGGAUGGCACUCUGUGCCUGCUGAACCUGAACGCGAGCACCGGCCUGCGUGCGACGGCCUCGCUCUGCCCGUUCCCGCCGAAGGAGAAGGAGCGGGAGCGCAGUGCGACGCUGGACGUGAACCCGCUCCCGGUGACAGCGAUAGCGUUUGAUCCGACCUCAGCGCAGUACCUCGCCGUCGGCUCGCAAGACGGCGCCCUGGCGCUGUGCGACGUGAAUGGGCAGACGAUGGUGCAGACCUUUGACUUCGCGAAGCUGCCGGAGAAGCACGUCAGCUCCAUCGCGUGGAUUCCAAAUGAGCCGGGUGCGUUCUACACCGCCAGCUCCGACAGCACCGUCCUGCGCAAGUGGAGCGUGACAAGUAAGUCAGCCGUUGGGUCCGUCAGUGUGAUGGUGAUGCCCUCGCCGCCGCAGCAGCAGCAGCAGCGAAAGCAGAGUAUGGAGGCCGACAGCAACGAGGCGGCGGGGAGUCAGAUCGGGAUUCGGAGCGUCGCCUGCAUUGACCAGACCCGUGUCGUGGUCGGGCUGACCAACGGCGCCGUGCAGGUUUACGACGUUGGUCAGCAGCGGCUCGACUGCGACGUGGUCACCGGGCACACGGAUGCCACGCUGAGCUGCAAGCUGUCGAAGCACGACCGCGACCAGGUCGCGACGAGUGGCGUGGACGGCACCAUCCGCGUGUGGAACUUGCGGACGCUGACGCAGCAGUACGUGAUUGCCGCCGGCCCGGUGAUGGUGCACUCGGUGGAUUGGUCGCCCAACGGCAAGCACAUCGUCGCCUCGCUCGGAAGUGGCGAGGUCGUGAUGUACGCCACCUCGACGUACCGCGAGUCGUGGCGCACGCCCGUCUUUUCGGAUCUCGUCUACCGUGUCUGCUGGGCCGCCGGGGACUCCAGCCUCAUCGCGGCCACCUCGCGCACUGGGCUGGCGAUCCUCUCCUCAAAGGACGGCAAGGUGGUUCGUCGCUACUCCGCGGCGCACGGCGCCUUCUACGGGGUGGACAUCGAGCCGACAAAAAGCAAGAACGUCGCCGUCGCCUGCCACGACAAGCGCAUUUACGUGUACCACCUCAGCAGCAGCAGCGAUCGCCCGUCGCUGGUGCUGACCGGGCACACCGAUGCCGUCUGCGACGUCGCCUACAACCCGACCGCGCCGAGCUACCUCCUCUCCGGCAGCUACGAUGGCACGUUGCGGGUGUGGGACUUAUCCUCCAACGACGCACACACGAUUUCUGUCUCGUCCCGUGCGCUGAAGGGGCACACCGAUCGGGUGCGCAGCGUGGCGUGGUGCAGCCUGGCGCCCUACCUCGCCCUCAGCGGAUCGGCGGAUGCCUCCAUUCGGAUGUGGGACAUCCGCAACGGCGUCGCCAUCACGACGGUGCGAGGCCACAACUCGGAUGUGGUCGCCUUGACCAGUCACGUCGACCGGCCCCUCAUACUUCUCUCCGCGGCGCGCGACAGCACGCUGGUGGCGUGGAAUGUGGCGCUGCUGCGACAGGUAUACCUCGAGGCCACGCUCGGCACGCUGGAGAGUUGCAUCGUGCCGGACCCCUCCUCGCUGAUGGGGGUGGCGACGUCGAGCGUGUCGGUGUCGCAGGUGGCCGGCCCGGCGGUGCAGCGGCUGGUGAAGGAGCUGAACGAAAACGCGAGUAAACCGGCAGCGCGAUUGCAGACGCUCGUGAACUUCUUCGAGUUCCCGAACGGGGCCGCAGAGGUGGCGCAGAUGGCGCUCUUCACGGUGGACCCGGCGCAGUACACAAACUUGAUGAACGAGGGCAAGCCGGCGAAUGUGGGGCUCGUUGUGCCGGCAGCAGCGCUCGCGGAUGUCGCGCGGGCACGAGCCACCUACACGAACGACCGCGCGCACGGCAAGACGGUCAGCGCGGCCGGCGCCGCCUACAAGAAGCAGCGUUUGCUGGAAGCGGCGGAGGAGCUGCUGAAGGUUGGACAACUGGAGGCCUACUGCAACACGCUGAUGGAGGCGGAGGAGUGGGAUGGCGCGAUUGCCGUGGCACCGGCGAUCUCGCGAGUCUUCUGGCGCGGUGUGUGCCAGAAAGCUGCGGAGGCGAUGGAGGCCGCAGGCGACGCCCGCGCGGUAACGUACUACAUCAUCGGCGAGCAGAGCAGCAAGGCGGCACAGCUACUCACCCGACUGUCGCAGAGCAACUACGAUGCCGCGACUGUUGUGUGCCAGUGCUGUCCGCAAGUCACAGAGGACGCUGCUCUGCUGCAGCAGCAGCAGCAAGCGAGCGAACCGCCGCACAACACGACGAUCGAUCAGAACAGCGUGACACCGAUCACGCAGCAGCUGCAGCGGCAGCGGUCCGCCGUGUUGAAGCGCUACGCUAACCAGCAGCUCCUUGCGGCGGUGCUACUCGCCCACGGUCACAGCGAUGACGCAGUGCACACGUUACAGUACUGCGGAGAUGUCGUGCUGGGCCAUUUGCUCGUGCACACCGUACCGCUGCGCGAGCAGGCCAGCAUUGACACCGCCUACCGCCUCUCCAUGCUGCAGAGCGCGCGGCAGCACAAGUGGGAUACCGCGCUGCUGUGCGCGACGCGGCUUUCGAACCCGUACGACAGCCUGGCCACGGUGCUCGCGCUCUUCCAAGCCGCGCAGGGUAAGACGCUGGCGGGCAAGGUGCCAGCUCAGUCGCUCACCUCGGCGAACCUGUCUACCUUCCACGGCGUCAGCGAGCGUCUGAAGGCGUUCUAUGAUCAGGUGCGCGGCGAGUGUGCGAAGUUGCAGCUGCCGCUGGACGCCAACGCGAUCCAGCAGCGGCACGCCAACGACGGGUUGGCGUCGCAGAACCAACUGGCGGCGAUGGUGUUGGCGGCGGACCCCUCCUCCGGUCCGGUAACGGAUGUUUCCAUUCUGCAGAGCCUGACCGGUUUCAUAGAGAGUCUGCUGGGCGUGGCGCUGCAGGACGCAGAUGGCGCGAACGCGCCCUUCUACCUACGGCAGGCGUACAACGUGUCGGCCUACGUAUCCGUGCCGCUGGAGACCCUGCCGAAGCCCGGCACCUCGAGUCCCUCCACCUCCACCUCCGCCGUGUCCACCAUGUCACCAGAGCACAAGCAUUUCCUGGCGCUGACCUUCGUUGUGGCGACGCUCAUGACGGUGAAGGUCUACCGCUUUCCGACGCUGCUGAACUACGCGUUUGCGAAGGCGCGUGAUCUUGCGAGCGGCGCGAACAGCGCGUCGCUGAACACCGUACUAGGCACCGUGCAGGGUGUGCUAGGCACCUACUCUCCGCAGUCGAAAGAGGUGGACUGCUCGUCGGUCGGGAGCACGCUGCCGGCCUUGACGAGCGAGGGGCGUCAGAUCGUGUCGGCGCUCACGGGCGAGCCUGUUUGCGGGGCCGUACACGUGUUGGAGGACGGUUCAUCGUUCAUCUCCAAGUCGGAGGCCUUGGCGUGGACGCUGUGCUCGCACUUCUCGCCCCUUGCCACCGGUGCCCGUCUGACGGCGCUGUGA